AGCGAGAGAGAGCGAGAGAGAGAGACGUGUGAUUUCUCUUUGUACUGAAUGAAGAGUUGAGGCCGGCGCUGCUGCUGCUCGCCUCCCGUCUCACUACAAGCAGAAAUAGCCCAAUAAGCCGGUUACACUGCCAAUGGCCCUCUGAACGGGUUAGGACAACUAAGCAUCCGGUCCGACGCUGUUUCUCCGGGGAUUCCAAGUCUCACGUUCAUCACUCGGCUUUUUUCCAGAGCGGAAAAUCCAGCAGCACGUCCACAGACCGCUUGUCCGUCGCCGCUUUCACACUCCCACACCACCAGGGGAGAUUGUUUUCUCCCAACCCGAGCGACCAUGGCUGCUGUCACAAGCCCGGAGACGAGCCCUCAACCCCGGGUAUAUUUCCAGACCCCGGGCGGCACCACGGAGGAACCGGAGACGCCCGUUCGCAAGCAGGGACGCGUAACCGUCAAAUACGACCGCAAGGAGCUGAGGAAGAGACUGAACCUGGAGGAGUGGAUUAUCGACCAGCUAACGGACCUCUACGACUGUGAGGAGGAGGCCAUCCCCGAGCUAGAGAUAGAUGUGGAUGAGCUGCUGGAUAUGCCCAGUGACGUUGAGCGGGGGGCCAGGGUCAAGGACUUACUGGUUGAGUGUUUUAAACCUACUGAGGACUUCAUCUCAGAGUUGCUUGACAAGAUCCGAGGGAUGCAGAAGCUCUCCACACCUCAGAAGAAAUAAUGGUGUGCCUCCUCCUCCUCCACACCCUCCCCUGCAACUCAGCCCUCACCUCUUGUCUUCCUAACGUGCUUUCCCUCUUUUUUAUUUUGAUGUCAGUUUUCUUCCUUUAAGGUUCUUUUACUGAACCUUGUUCUGUCUUUGCAUUACACACUCUGCUCUAAACCCCUUUCUUUUAAUCUCUUCUUUGCCUGGAUCCAGCCCUAAAAAUCACUUUUCGUUUUCAUUAUUUUGUGACCUUCCCUUGUUGUGUGUUGGACUCCCUUACUAAAAA